AUGGAAGUAACACCUUAUACACCAACAGAUUAUUCUCUUGCAAGAACAGAUAAUAAUGUACAUCGAUUACCUCCCAUUCGUUCGGGUGAUUUAGUUUCAAGAUCUGAUGAAGCACCAGCUUAUACAAUUCAUAAUACUCGUUAUGCAUUACCAGCACCAAAUAUUAUUCGAGGUACAUCUGAUCUACAAAGUGGUGAAAUUGAUUCAUGGCCAGCAAAUGCUAGUGGUAGCAGUGGUGCUUUUAGAACUUUAGCAUUAACUAAUCAAGGUCGUUUAGUACCAAUAGGAACAAAUUUACGAGGAAAAUUGGAUACAACACCUAAACCAAAAUUUUUAGCAAUUAUUGAAGAUUAUCUUUAUAGUGAAUUGAAAGCACUUGGUGUAGAAGAAUCAACAGCAAAUGAAUCACGUUUACAAGUUUUUCGUGAAGUAUUUUCAACAAUUAUUGAUGAUUUUAAAACAUACAAACCACUUUUAUCAGCAAUUAAAAAUGAAUAUGAAAUUAUGUUAACACAUCUUAGUGAUAAAGUAAAAGAACUUGAACCACUUCGUCAACAAUUAGUUUUAUUAAGUGAACAAUGUGAUAAAAAAUUAAUGCAAUAUCGUAACGAAGAACGAGAAGAAAUAUCAUUAUUAAAAGAAGAAAAACGACGUUUACAACAAAAUAUUCGUCAAUUAACAAAUCAAAAUCAAAAUCUUGAAACAAAUAUUCAACGACUUCAAGAAGAAGUAUCAAAUCAAUAUCAACUUUACCGGAAAGAACUUGAUGCAAGAAAAUUAUUAAUUAAUGAUGCAAAUGAUUUACGUAAUCAACAAGAAAAACGUACCGAUGAAAAAGAAGGACUUGAUGAACAGGGCAUAAAAAAAGAAGAUCCAAUUAUGAUGAGAAUAGCAUUGAAGCAAGCACGUAAAGAUCUUAAUUUAGCACUUGCAAAAAUAACACAUAUGGAAGCUAAUUAUAAUGAUGUUGUUCCACGACGUGAUUUCGUUGCAUUAGAAGCUAAAUCAAAUGAAUGUCUUGAAAGAAUAAAAGAAUUACAAACUAUAAAUGAUAAUCAAAGUCAAGCUAUUGAACAACUUCGAACACAAAAUGAAAAUCUUAAAGAAGAUAUUCAACGUUUACAACGUGAAAAAGAUGAAUUAAAUAUUAAAAAUGAAAAUAUUCAUGAUGAAAUGACUCCACGACCAUCAUGGCAUUUAGCAGGAGAAGUUAUUGAUGGUGGUGCUGAACGUUGGCAGAAUGUUUCAACAAAUAAAACAAGUCAAGAAAAACUUGUUAUUUUACUUAAUGAAUUUACUGGUGGUGGUAAUGAUGAUGAUGGUAGUGGAAAUCAAUCACAAAAUUCUACAGUACCUGAUCAACUAUCACCACGUGGUGAAGGUGAACAAAUUCCAUUUCAUUUACGUUCAUCACGACCAGUUAAAAAUCGACGAUUAACACGACGUGAUGUUGUUGUUCUUAUACAAGAAAUUUGGACAGAACGUCGUAUAUCAGAUAAACAAGAUGGUCGAACAAAAAGUCUAUCGGAAUUUAUUUAUGAAUUUUUUCGUAAUCGAUAUGGAAAUCAUAAUACAGCUGUUGAAAUGGGUUAUAAUUUAGAUUAUGCAUGUAACCGUUUUAAAUAUAAUGAUAAUUGUCAAUUAUUUUACCAUAUUUUAUCUGGAGAGGCUGAUGAAGAUAUUUAUCAUUAUACAAAAAAUCUUAUUGAACAUCUUGCUGAACGUAUUCUUAAAGAAAGUGAAACAUAUCCAAAUGGUUCUGUACCAAGUGAAAAAUUUCAUAAUAUGUUAACAAAAUAUUUACCAAAUAAAUCAUCAAAUGACAUUUCUGAAUUAGUUACUGCUGCUGAAAAAGAACAACCAAAUGAAGAACAAAUUUCUGUAGCUAAAUUAUUUUCUGUUGAUGAUGAAGAUAAUUAUGGAGAAUUUAUUCGAGUUCUAAAACGACAAUUAAAUGACGAUAAACAAAGUUAUAUUCAUGAUGUAGUAGAAAAAACUGAAAAUUCAAAUUCGGUUAAUGCAAAAGAUUUGGAACAAACUUUACGUUCUUUAAAUCCUCAUAUUCAACCAAAUGAAUUAGCUCAUAUUAUUCAAUGGACAUUUGAAGCUAAAGAUGGAAGUCAAAAACCAUCAAUGAGUGUUAAUGAUAUUUUACAACGCCUUCAAAAUGGUGUCUUUUAUCGACAACAUGCUUUAUCCUCAUAA